AUGGUGGCAGCUUCGGCAGACCCUGUUCCACAGCUGCUUCACGGGCAUUGGCUGGACUCGAUCGGGCACUCCAUCAUUGUCAGCAAGACUCCUGACGAGGACUUGAUCUUCACCGCAGUGCUCACGCCUCUUGUGGACCAUCCCGAUGCAAGAGACCGUGUCCUGCGGAUCGACAGGCCUCAGGAGAGCUGGAAGUGGCGCUGUGGGAACGCCAGCCUAGAGCUCGCCGAUGAGCAGAACCAAAGGCUCGUAUGGAUCACCGAGGACGGCCGGCGCAACGUCUGGUCCAGGACAAAGGAGCUCUCGGCGCAGCUCUCGGCGGGGUCCAGGAGUGGGGAGAGAGAGCUGGCGGAGGAUAGCGACAAAGACACCGACAGUAUCGCUUUUCCUUGGCUGCUGAACAACUCCGCACCCGAGCCCUGGCUUCCACUGGAUGUUCCCCGAGACAUCCUCUAUGACGGAGCACGAGUAGCAGCCCUGCUGGAUAUCAGGCAGAUGAUCGGUGCACGGAGCGAGCCACAGGAGCGCCUCACGCACAUCUUGAUGGACCACGACUUGCACCCCACGCGCCAGGGUGGCGACUACCUGAUUCCAGGGGUCGACUCGCCCCUGUGGAAGACGCUGGACGUGUCCGAGCCCAUGCGCCGCAGUAUUGCGCAGAGAAUCAGCAGAAUACCACACGAGGUGCUUUCUCAGCGUGUCAGCUGGAGCGGGAACUCGGAGGUUUGGGUCGGGCGGCACAAAAUUUCGUGCCGCUCCCGAGACAUCCAGGCCCUGAAUGCCAGAUGGGUUCCUCCGUUCCAGGACGAACGGAAACCGCUGGAAAUCGCACGCUUGUUGGCCUUGUACAGCGUUUUUGACAAUCCGUUGAGCAAUCGUCGCAAUGGCGUUCAUCUGGGGUUGGACCCUGAGAUUCGGCGACAUUGUGAUUUUGAGCUGUUUGCCUCGCCGCUGAAUGCAGCCGUCCAAAACGGGCGCUUCUCAAGCAAAUGGCCUCACGUCGAGUGGCGUUUCGGUUCCAUAGGAUCAUAUCCUUCUGUUAUCGACUACCUGCCCGUGAAUUCGGUUGUGUGCAUCAAUCCUCCGUUUACAGAGGCCUACCUCGCCGACGUCAUGGCGCGUCUAGCCGAGCUGAAACUCCGCUUCCGGCUUCGAAUCGCUGUGCCGAUCCUGGAGGUGUUUUUGACGAUUGCAAAAUCAGCUGGGAAGAGGUUUGGGACGUCGUUUGAGAUAUGUCGGGAAGUUGAAUGA